CUAUGUUGACAAACACGAGUCUCCAGCUGCAACUUUCACCACUUCCGGUUCAUUACCAGCCCCCCAGGAUAACUGAUAAAGAGAAGAGACAAUAAGAAUGCCGUCCUCUUUGUGCUUGUGUGAAAGCAGCUGGCUUGGUUUGUUUGGUUGUGCUGUGAAGUUUUCUUAAUCGUAAUUUUACAAAUUGUCGAUUAGCUAAUAUUUUUAUGACUGUGUUGUGAAAUUGGAAGGGGAUGGAACGAACUUUAGGUAUAUAACUUGUAAUUGUUUUUACUUUGAAUUUAAAGGGCACGCCAAUAUUAUUAGGUGCCUUAUUUUAGCUUAGUCAAAAUUUGAGAAAGAGAUUGCAAUUAUAAUUGCCAAAUUCCAAGUACAAAAUAGAAAAAUAAAUUUCCGUUCUCGAAAAUGAUGUCCACGGUUGGAAAACGGCUCAGAUGAACGUAGCUCUUUGUACUGAUCGUUUCCAAUAAACUAGUUUCGAAUUAUAGUGCAAUUACAUACAUAAUGCCAUCCAGUCGGGACCUAGAACACAAACCGCUGAUCGUUGGUUGUGUAAAGAAAGUGUGCCUCGGUUUAAUUUAAAGAAAUUUAUCAGAUAUAUUGCAAUAUUUCGCAAUGAACGGUUUAAAAAUGUAACAACUAAUUCUUAUACAAACUAUUGUGCCAAUUAACCACUGCCGUCGUACUAAGCAACAUAAGUACUGCUGAGAACAAGACUGAUUCAUUAUAUUAGUAAGCAAAGUAUAUUAGUCAUUCGCCAAUAAUAUUCCGCAUCGAAGGAGGAAUACAAGAUGAUGAGUGAGUUUGAGAAACGAUUUAGCAGUGACGAUUUGUCCUCCUUGCUCGUGUCGAACAGCCAACUUGUCACAAUUCCAAUAUCCACGAGGACAAGGGCGAAUUCCAACGCCAACCUUCUCGACAUGAACGGGCCAACGGGCAGGAGAAAUAGUGAAACUCGCACCAGGAAAAGGUUUCACAGCAUGGAUGACAUUUUCGACAUUUGCAACGCUCCCGUCCGGCUACAUCCUCCUGGUUUCAGUAUCAUGUCUGACUGUGUCCCAUCUCCAGAAAGUGACUCCUCAUACGCUUCCAGCUCCGAAUCUGGUCCUUCCUCCAACUCGUCAUCUCCUACUUGUGAAAUUUCUCUUUUGGAACGAUUGAUUCGAACGCACCCUGUUUGGUUUCUACCAUCGUUACAAAGAUCUGGGGCUCUGCACCUUCUCCAGGGGCGCAACGUGGGGAAUUUCCUUGUCCGUAGUUGUACGCUACCAAGAACAAUGGCCAUUUCAGUCAAGCUGCCAAGCCAUGUAGAACACUACCUGCUCAAGGCGAAUGGGAAUAAAAUAUCACUGGAGAAUUCUACUCACGAUUUUGAAACUGUUCAUCAGCUUAUUGCCCAUUACUGCGGCGAUACAAGCGACGAAAUCCCAGUUUGUCUCCGACUUCCCGAGAUCAUUUCAGAUGCAACAUCUCGACAGAAAUUAGCAUCAUUGGCAUUACUAGGUCAAGAAUUCUGGUCACUACCUGCUGGAAGUAGCAGUGCAGGAUUGAAAGAUAGUCCUACUGAUCCAACGAGCCAUCCUUCUUUGGUGCAAUCCAGUCUAGGAAGCCAAUCAAGCUCAAGCCACAGCCUAUGCGAUCUCUCAAAAAAACCUUGUCGACCCACAACGUUAACGCUGGAACUGGGAAAGUGCAGUGGUGGUGGUGGUUCUGCGACUCCGAAUCCACCACCCGUGCCUUUGCGAUGGUCCAGGUCAGCCUUACUGUCUCCCCUUUCGCCACCAUCCUCCUUGCAGUCCACCCCCUCUGCAGAUAUCCAGUCCACCACCAGCGAUAGAAGUGGGCGAACAGGGAGAAAGAAGAAGAAAAGAAACUCUGGCGGAGGAAACAAAGCCGAAUCUAUCCAUUACAAAGACACGGAGAUUUUGGCUUUGGAUAUCUUCAAAGGAACCAAGACGGUUGUUCGCGACAAGGAGAGCGAUUACGAGGACUUAUGGAGUCCACAGCAGCAGCAACAACCCCAUGAACGUUCACAUACCCCAAAAUUGUCUACAUUUAAGCCCGACUUAAUUCCAUCUGUUCUCACACCUAUGGACGAUGAUGAUAACAACGUUAAUCACUCCUCAUCACGCAGUAGCAGCAAGAUCAAUUCCAAUCAAUCUAAAUUCAAGGAUAACGCGGGAGAUGAAUUUGUCAUACAAAAUAUGAAUAUUCACAAUCAUCGAUUAAGUUUCAAUGUUCAAAAUUUAAAUCUCACCUCGUGUUCGAGAAGCAGUGAAAGCAAUAUCAGUAGAUCCCAAUAUCUCACUCUCGGCGACGACACAGCCAACGAUGGUAACCGGAAGUCGCCUGGUCUGUAUUCAGAACCUGUGGAUUCAAUAACGUUGAGGAAGCUGAACGGGAAUCGUAACACUGAACCUAAUAUUAGAUGGUCGCAGCCCACUCUAUCCUUGUUGAAACUAGACUUUAGUAGUAAUGGUGGCGAUACAACAAGCAGGGACGAUUAUUGCCCCUCCAACAACAUGACAGGAAGUGGUGGACAAGGAAAACCGAACAUUAUGGAUCCAGGUCUAACCAAAACAACACAACAUUCUGAAAGUAAAAACUUAAUAAACAUUGGGCAAACGGCAAUUAACACCACACAACUGAGUGGUUGCGCUGACGUCAGUUUAGCAAACAAGUCUAUGAACCAAAUGCGUGCCAGAAAAAGUAGUUCAACUAAGAGUAGUCGAAAAACUCAGGUUACCUGUGCCAGUGUUGACAACCUGUGCCAUACUAAUUUUAAGAAGACACAACUUAAGCCACAGAUGAUAAACAGAGUUGAAGGAGACAACGUCGAAAAUGCGACUUCAUCACAACCAGUCACAGCAGACGAGAGGAAAGAUGGGUCCAAAAAUUUCAGUAUUAUAAACACUUGUUAUGAACCAAUUCCGGGGAUGAGAGCAGCAGGAACCCCGGAAAUGACACCUAGCAUGGAAAUUCCAAACACCAAAGCUUGGUGUUUGGAUAAUUCCUGGGAGUUGGUAAUGUGGCAGAAAGAAGAGGAAAGGCGUUUAAAGGAAAAUGUUUCAAAAUUCCCCGUUAUUCCUUCUCCUACAAAUGUGCGACGUAAUAAGACGACUCCCAGUGAAAGCAGUCACGAAAAUUCUACAUCUUCUACAAAUAAUAACAGCACCAACGAAACGUACAAUAGCUUACAACGUCGCUUCUCAUGCUACGACAAUUUGGAACGUAGCAAAGCCGAAAUUAAUGCAGAUGAGGUGACAGACAGCGAUGAAGAGGACAAAAUUUCACCUCCAUGGAAUUCUAAAAAAUGGGAUCACUUGAUGAGGAUAAUUUCCGAAUCAACUCAGCAGCUAGACUUACUCUCAUCAGUGGGUAAUACUGUUCACAGCAGUAGCAACAAUGCCAGUCUUCAUGAAAAUGAAACUUUUCGACCAAGCAGGAGUCCAAAUAUAUCGGAUCCAGUGCUUCAAGUCACGAGAAUGCUAGAGGUUGGUAGAAACGUCGACAAGGCUGGAAAAUCUGUCAAAAAAGUCGUAAAACAAUUGGCCACCACAGAUGACGGUGUUUUUGGGCCAACUAUAAAAAGCUUCAUUUCGUGUACAAUUGCUGCUAAAGUCCAGGACCCAUUUAAAGUCAUGCGUAACGUCCGACAAUUUUUUUCGGGAAUGAAAAAUUACUUGGUUGGCAUUUCCAACUCGGAGAGUGAAGAGCUGCGCAAGGAAAUUAAAAAGCAAACGGAAACAUUAAGUCAUAGCGAAUUCUUAAACAUUGAUUCCAUUUUGGAAGAUUGCCUAGUGGAUCUCGUGAUUUCACCACUGAAUCUGCACAUUCGAGGAUUGAUUGAAGCUUAUAAUGCAAAAAACGGUGAACCACUACACUUACCAUCCACCCCAGAUAUUGCUCAGUUUGAUAAAGAACAUCAGAUCAUCUACGCAAAGUUAAGAAUUAUCUACUCAGGAUUUGAAGACUCGAUAUCUCCACUCGAGAAGCUUGAUAAAUGGAACGAGUUUGUUUGUCAGGUUCAGGAGCUGGACAAUUAUUCUUCCGAUUCCUUUCUACCUCUUUUGUCGCAAACAAUGGGAAAUGUUUGUUCUGCUAAUCUUCCCUCGCAUGUCGAUUACAUGAUUGGGCUAUUGCCCACGGCUUUAGCUGAGCAAAAUAAUUAUUCUUUAUCAAUGCUGCAAUCUGCAGUCUCUUCACUGAAAGUUAACAAAUCCGAUGCAAGAAAAGGAAGUUUAAGCCUUACUUCAGUACGCGUUCUCAUACCAGAUGAAAGAAAUGGAACUUUAAUCAGAAAAAUGGUACCCGUCAGGAAUUCGACGACCAACAAGGAAGUAGCAAAAAUAUUGGCCUCCAAACUAUCAAUCACUAAUCCCACAGAUUAUGUUCUAGUCACAAUAAAGAAUGGCGAAGAAACCAUUUGCCCAGAAAGCGAAUUGGUUUACAACUGCGUUGAUGGAGGCUCGACAGCUUUAGCAUACAAAAGAUAUGGAUGCCAAAUUGGAUGGCCGAAAAUUAAUUAAGUCUUUUUCUUAGUUUUUUAAAUUUAAUACUUUGUAUACUUUUUUCCUACUAUUGAAACUAUUUUAAUAACGAAAGUUACCGAACAUGAACUAAAAUUAGAUCAAUUUAGACCAACCAACUAGUGUUCAUUUUAUAUUCUGCAAAGGUUGUCCCUUGUCUGUAACGAUACCUUAUUUUUACCUACUUCUAGAACAAAAUAUGUUAACGAUUCAACAACACACACAUCUUCAUACAUGUAAUUGUUAGUUUAAAUAUGUGAUUGUGCUAUUAUCUAUGUAUUUAUGUACAUUCUCAAAUUGAAGUUCGGUGGCAAUAUAAUGAUUGAUAUUCAUCUAUUGCCUUAUACUAAAUAAUGUGCAAUGUUACUAUUUUAUUUAUAUAAAUUGACUGAUUGGGAAGCUCUGAUAAAAAUAAAGAGAUCCUACAACACAACUACAAA